CCUCAAUGGCGCUGCCCAUUUUGUCGCAAACGCUAUAAUGGCACAGAUACAAAGAUGAGUCCUAUAUAUAUCUCUAUGUAAAUAACUGCUCAAUGUAAUUUGCAGAUCAGUCAGUCAAAAUGUACCCAUGAUACAACACGGUUUUGACGCGAUUGAACGGCCAUUAGGUGGGAAGGCCAGUAUUUGCAAUGGAACAUAUGUUUUAUCGAUGAAUCUAUUGUUUAGUCGUGUUAUUGAUAUAGUAAUGAAGCUGUCAUGUCAAUGCAACCUUUAAUAUUAUAAAUUCCUGGGCAUGCGUUUCGUGUUUAUUUAUUUUUUUACAGACGAUGGAUUAUCAGUUUCUAAUGUUGUCAUUGCUGGGUAGGUAAGGAGCACAUCAGGUGCCCAGUAACUAUAGCUAGCAUAGCUUCUGAUAACAACAACAGUAUGCUAAUAUUCCAAAUGUUGGUGGUCGUCGUCUAGCCAAAAAAAUGAACGGUAGCCAAUGUUUAUAAUCUCGCUCGAGCCUUGUUUGGUGCGUUAUUUCGCAAAACGAGAAGUUUGUAAUUUUCGCGUAGCUAUAGCAUGGACAUCAUGAUGCGCGACUUGCGCACAGUGGUUAUAUUGGUGAACUCUCGUGAUAUUCUAUGAUUUGAUUAGUUUAUUCGCGUUAAUACCAACCACUCUUCCUCGAAUGUCUAUGGAGAUGGACGAGGGAAACCGCGACCAAUCGUCACGGGAAGAGUGGACACUCCUGUUUUGGACCACUCUCGCUGUCGUAGUGCCCGUGAUCAUUACUUUGUGGUGCAGUGUCCAACGCUCCAAACGGAAAAUACACAUGAAAGACUUCUUCCGCAAGAGCAAGCACGGUUGGCACUGCACCGACCUGUUCAACAAGCCCACCUAUUGCUGUGUAUGCCAACAACACAUUCUACAAGGGGCGUUCUGCGACUGCUGCGGAGUGUGCGCCGACGAGACAUGCCUGCGUCGCGCCGACCGGAGCCUUGUGUGCAAAGAGAUUAUGGCUCCGUCCCAAACGGAUGGGACACUGGAGCACCGCUGGGUCCGGGGAAACGUCCCUCUCUGCAGUGUCUGUGCGGUCUGCAAGGAGCAAUGUGGGAACCAACCGAAGCUGUGUGACUUCAGGUGUGUGUGGUGUCAGACCACGGUGCACGACGACUGCAAGCCCAGCCUGUCGGACGGGGAGCGCUGUGAGCUGGGCGAGUUCCGCAGCAUCAUCAUCCCCCCUCACUACCUCCACCUCGUCAACAAGCUCCGCCGCAGGCACCCCGAUGAGUACAGCAAGGUCAUAGGUCACACCCAGGGAGGGCUGGCAUCUGCCUGCGGGAGCGGCUGGACUCCGGUGCUGGUCCUGGCCAACACUCGCAGUGGAAACAACAUGGGGGAGGCUCUGCUCGGAGAGUUCCGCACCAUCCUCAACCCUGUCCAGGUGUUUGACCUGUCGGAGCUGCCUCCCUCUAAGGCCCUGCAGCUGUGCACCCUGCUGCCGCCAGGCAGUGUGAGGGUGCUGGUGUGUGGGGGGGACGGAACCGUGGGCUGGGUGUUGGAUGCCAUCGACACCAUGAAGCUCAAGGGCCAAGAUCAGUUCAUCCCCAGGGUGAUGAUCCUGCCCCUCGGUACGGGGAAUGACCUGUCCAACUCCCUGGGCUGGGGGUCGGGUUACGCCGGGGAGAUCCCUGUGGAGCAGGUGCUCCGGAACGUCCUCGAAGCAGAGGUGGUCAAGAUGGACAGGUGGAAAGUUCAGGUAGCCUCAAAGGGGCUCUACUUUCGUAAGCCAAAGGUCCUGUCCAUGAAUAACUAUUUCUCAGUGGGCCCGGAUGCCCUGAUGGCUCUCAACUUCCACACCCACCGUGAGAAGACCCCCUCCUUCUUCUCCAGCCGCAUCAUCAACAAGGCUGUAUAUUUCAUGUAUGGCACCAAAGAUUGCUUAGUUCAAGAAUGCAAAGACCUGGAUAAGAGGAUUGAGUUGGAGCUGGAUGGAGAGAGGGUGGCCUUGCCCAGUCUGGAGGGCAUCAUCGUGUGUAACAUCGGCUACUGGGGCGGAGGCUGUCGUCUGUGGGAGGGCAUGGGGGACGAGCCCUACCCCCCUACGAGGCUGGAUGACGGGCUGCUGGAGGUGGUCGGUGUGUUUGGCUCCUUCCACUGUGCUCAGAUCCAAGUCAAGAUGGCCAACCCGGUGCGUCUGGGCCAGGCCCACACAGUCAGGCUGGUGCUGAAGACGUCCCGGAUGCCCAUGCAGGUGGACGGGGAGCCGUGGGCCCAGGGCCCGUGCACCAUCACCAUCACCCACAAGACCCAGGCCUUCAUGCUCUACCACAGCGCCGAGCAGACGGACGACGACGACGAAUCCAGCACCUCCGAGGCUGAGAGCUCCGCCCCCCAUGACUCUCCCAAGCCAGCAGGUCCCGCCUCUGCUCGUGCCUGAGCCCCCAAGUUCCACCUCCUCAAUGUUUCAUCCAUACCCCUUCUUUUGUUCGUUAUAGUAAAUUCUGAUGACGUAAUGCCACGCUUGCACACUCCCCAGAUGAUAUACGUGAGAGCUCAGGCAUAUUCCCGCCUCUGGGUAAAGGAGGGAAGGAGAUGUUUCAGUGGAGGAUGGUAUAUUUGCACUGAUCCCUUGUACCAUAGUUCCAUAGUUCUAAUAGUUCUAUAGUUCUAACAGUUUGGCAGUGUUUCCCAACAUGGACCCCGUGUGUCCCUGACUCAGGAGGAAGCAUUGACCUCGACACUCGCACUCCUAUGAUAGAAUAUAUAUUUGUAAGUCAAUCACUGGACUUUGUUUUGUUAACUCUAUUUCAUGAUGGUGCACUGUUAAUGCCACGCUGGCCAAAUCCCCUAUUACAUGUGCUGUAUUGGGCAGACACUAGUUAGUGGUUACUAAGUGUUAAGAAAAUGUUACUUGACUAUAUUUCUUAAAAUGAGUUCAUUAGGACUCCUAGUUAACCAUUCCUAGUGAAAUAUCCGUUGCUUAUGAAGGAUUUAUUCACAGGUUUAAUCAUUUCGACCUUGUAAUUUUUGGAGACAAAAUGUCUACCGCUGUCUGUUAACGUACUCCUACUUUUUUUGCAAUAUUUUGUCCUUUUCUUAAUAAGACCCCUUUGUGUUGGGCACUUCUUGUUGCACUGUAGGAAUUACUCCAUAGGAUAUAGUUAGAAUUGUACCAUCCCUCAUAACCAAGUUGCAACUGGUCGAAGUAUUCAUAGGUAUAUUACACUGUCAGUAUCUAUUUUGUUUAUGUUGUCUACGAUGGAAAGAUUGUUUAUUUCAAACACUUUUUAAGGUCUUCAUGCUGCUUAGCACUGGACAAACCGCUAGGUGACACCCUAUGUCUGUCGCAUAGAAAUAGAUUCGCAUCUAGCCAUUCUAUCUAUGGUGUGUCGACUGUCAACGUUUAUUACCACUGAAUGUUUUAAGGAUCUGUGAUUUGGGGUUUUUCUGAAUCUCUUGUCACCUUUUUUGUCAUUUUAGUGAGGUCAAGGGUCAAAGUUGAGAUGAUAUCAGGUUUGUUACAGCCAUAAUAUGAAGUUAUAGGUGGUGUUCCAGGUCGACUGUUAUGCUGGCACGCUGCGCACCUGGUUCCUAAGCACUUCUGCAGGUCCCUAAGCUUGUGGAACCAGUCUGAUCACUGCGUUCGCCGUUCUAUUUCAAAUCACGUGCAGUAGAACAGAAUAGUUAACACAGCAAUCAGAUUGGUUCCACCAGGUCCCCCCUGUCCAUAUAAACUCAUUCAGUGUGAGCUAUAAGGGAAAAGUGAUCCUAGAUCAGCACUCCUAAUCAUCUGUGCAGCGCGACUGCAAAAAAUAUGACCUGGAACGUCUCCAAAAAGUCUUGGCGCUUAAGAGAUUAAGCCAGAGCCAACCAGUGGCAUCAACUGUAUAACGGGAGGAUUGUCAAUGUUCAUCUAAACAGCUUCGGAGGUCCAUAGUUAUCAAUAUAAUGCCAAUGCUUGUGAUAUACAAGUGCUUACAUUCCCUUUGUGUGUGUUAAGCCGUUGGGUAAUCGUCUCGUUGCUUGAGGACACCCAUUUUACGUGUAUCUGCGCUUCUACUGUAUGUUUACAACAAACCUGAAUGUUCUAGAAACAGUUCUGAGCAUCUUGACUGUGGACAGAAAUGUUAUUUCAAACAGUAUAGGUCAGGGGUACUCAACUCUUACCCUAUGAGGUCCGGAGCCUGCUGGUUUUCUGUUCUACCUGAUAAUGAUUUGCACACACCUGGUGUCCCAGGUCUAAAUCAGUCCCUGAUUAGAGGGGAACAAUGGAAAAAAUGCAGUGGAACUGGCUUCGAGGUCCAGAGUUGAGUUUAGUGGGUAUAGAGUCUCACACUGGAGGUGUCAUAAUACCCAUAAAACCUAGCGGUCAAAACAGGGAAAUGGUUCCAAUUGUUUUUCCACCAUACAUUUUUCCUAUUUUAAAAACACUUAAUAAGGGCUGUGUUUCGUGUAGGCUAACCCUGGCGUGACGUUUUGAUAAUCAUGUAAAUCUCUCGGACAAGGUGACUUUUCAAUAUAUUCUGCUCCAUUUACACUUAGAUUUGAAAAUGCUAAUUAGCAUCAACGUAGAAAUGCAAAACUACAAAUCCCUGCAAGCUCCUGCACGUCAUCUCUAGCUGAUACCUUUGCUAACAGGUAUUGUGUCAAUUUAAAAUUUGCACAAGCCCGUUCACAGAACUGUCAAUUUUAAAAUAUUCUGCUAAUUUCCUCAUUACUACAUUUAACAAACAUUCGAUACAUUAAUCCAGAGAUUCUUACCUUUCCUUCAAUUCGACGGUCUCGUCCAGAUCGGCAUUUGUAGUUCUUUAUGAUAGCCACAUUAACAUUUCAUUUUUGGGGGGUAAAUACAGGCAAAUAUAUUUAUAAAGGUCACCUUUUCCUAGAGAUUUACCUGGUUAUCAAAACAUCACAGCAGGGUAAGCCUACAUGAAACAGACCUUAUUUUAAGUGUUUCUAAAAUCUCCCAUGGGAUGUGACCGCUAUGUUUUAUGGGUAUUAUGACUCAUACUGUGGUACUCUAUAGGCUGUGAGGUUUUUUAGAAAUGUAAUUGCAUUGCUGGAGAAAGCCUACUUUCAUUCCAUGUGUUUUGGAAAAUGAGGUUUGUCGAAGAGCAUGUACUGUAUGCCACCGAAUGUUCUCCAUUAGAUUGUCUUCAGAUAUUGAAUGGUAAUGGAUAAUCUUAGUCUUGGUAGUUUAUGUACAUGUCAUUAUGUCUACGCUUAACGGUGGAAGGAGACCUGUGAUAGUCUAUUGCUGAUACCUUUUCCUGUAAAGAUUCGAGUACAAUUUACAGCGUACCAUGAGGAACAGUAUAUUUGGAGAUAUAUUUAGCUACACAUUUAGUUUUUGCAGUCAAACCACUACAUAAAUGCACAAGAUUGCUGUGGGAAGUGUCAAAGAAAUCAGUUAGUCAUAACAGCACUUUACUGGCGUAAUAGAACAGAAUGCAUAUGACUCCAUUUUGUCUCCAUCUAAUGGUACGAAAUUUGCCAUCUGCUUCGUGGCCAUUCAAAAAGAAAAGAUGGAUCGAGAGAUGGAUAAAUUACUUUUAUUGUAAGCAAACAAUCACUUUAAAGCAAUUAAAAACAGAGAAGCUACUACAGAUGUUGAAACGGAUCAUUUCACUGAAUGUAAUAAGCAAUGUAAAUUAGAAUUUGGAAACACCAAUAAAUAUUUUCAUAUGUA